AUAUAAUGUAAGCAGAAACCCGUAAGCAAAUAUAAAUAGUAAAGUAAAAAUAAAAUUAAGCGAUAACUACGUCCUUGUUAUUACAUUUCGUAUUAAAAUAAUUUAUAAAAAUUCAUUUACUUUCAAAUUGUGGUAUUUGAGUAAUAUGCACAAUAUAAUAUUUAUUAAAAUUGGAAAAUUAUCACAUUAGUUUGUUAUCGGUCCGGGUCAUUAGUUAUAAUUUCUUUUUAUCUUUAAUCUACCUUUAAAGCUACGUGUUUUUGUGUAUUUUUACAAUAUUAAAAACGACAUGUGAUGAAUGGAAAUUGCAAAUUUCUUUGAUAAGCUCACAGAAUGAGAAUACGAAGACUGUCUGCCCUGUUCUGGGCGACAUGUAUCAUAGCCUUUAUAUUUAUUUUAUACGUUGUAACAGACCUUAGUUUUAAGUUGCCUAGUAUAAAACCUGCUAUAGUGGAUCUUGAAGAUAAUAAAUGGUCUUCAUUUGAAUCAAAACUUCGAAACAUAGAAAAUGAAUUGAAUCAACAUCAUGCUGUGGUUGGAGAGAUUAAAAAUGCAAUGAACCAAAUAGUGGAGAAAUCUCACGAGUAUCAUCCACCAAAAAAGAGACUGCCCGUUCACAAAGAAACUAAGAUCAGGGAAUUUAAAGUAGUCGGAGAUGAACCACCAAGGAUGCAAAGAAAAAUCAACAUGUCCUACUGUCCUGUUCCACAGACAUCGGCUAAAGCAGAUGUUCAGAUGCUCUCAAUGUAUGAUAGAAUAAUGUUUGAUGACAUUGACGGUGGAGUCUGGAAGCAAGGAUGGAACAUAGAGUAUAAAGAUAACCAAUGGAGCAGCAAAAACAAACUAAAAGUAUUCAUAGUUCCCCACUCACACAAUGAUCCUGGAUGGAUCAAGACAUUCGAAAAUUACUACAAGACACAAACGAAAGCGAUAUUUACAAACAUGGUAGAGAAAUUAAAGGAAGGCGUUGGUAGGAAAUUUAUUUGGGCUGAAAUAAGCUACCUGUCACUGUGGUGGACAACUGAUGCUACUGAAAAGGAAAAAGCAGCAUUUCAAAGCUUACUGAAAUCGGGACAGAUCGAAAUUGUAACUGGUGGUUGGGUCAUGAAUGAUGAAGCCAAUUCCCAUUGGCUUUCUAUAAUACAGCAACUAACAACGGGACAACAAUGGCUAAUCGACAAUCUUGGCUAUAUACCUAAGAAUGGUUGGGCUAUUGACCCUUUUGGCCAUUCCAGUACUCAACCUUAUUUAUUAAAGUUGACUGGCUUGGAAAAUACUGUCAUACAAAGAGUUCAUUAUAGAAUAAAGAAAGAACUAGCAUUAAAUAGACAAUUAGAGUUUAAAUGGAGACAAUUGUGGGAUGGUGUUGGAAAAACUGACAUGUUUACUCAUAUGAUGCCAUUUUAUUCAUAUGAUAUACCACAUACUUGCGGGCCGGAUCCAAAGAUAUGCUGUCAGUUUGAUUUUAGAAGAUUACCAGGGAAUGGCAUCUCUUGUCCCUGGAAUAUAGCGCCGAGGAAAAUCAUUCAAAAGAAUGUUGCUGAAAGGUCAUUCAUGAUUUUAGACCAAUGGCGUAAGAAAGCACAGCUGUACCGCAGCAAUGUGGUGCUCAUACCAUUAGGUGAUGACUUCCGCUAUGACCGGUCCAACGAGUGGGACAACCAGUACCAGAACUAUGAGAUGAUUAUAGAUUAUAUCAACAGCAAUGAUGCGUGGAAUGCUGAGGUACAAUUUGGUACUCUACAAGACUAUUUCAAGGCAGUUCACGAAGAUAUCAAGUUAUCGGAUUUUCCAGUAUUGUCAGGAGACUUCUUCACUUACGCUGAUCGCAACCAACACUACUGGAGCGGAUAUUUCACAUCGCGACCUUUCUAUAAAAAUAUGGAUAGAGUGCUACUAGCCUAUGUACGGGCAGCAGAGAUAAUAACGGCCCAGGCGUGUACGUCGCGCUCCGUCAGUUACAUAAUGUUCCUGCAGCUACGAGAUAGAGUGGAGCAGGCGCGGCGAACCCUGGCGCUGUUCCAGCACCACGACGGAGUCACCGGGACCUCGAGGGACGAGGUGCGGGAGGAUUACGCUCGCAAAAUGCUAACAGCCAUUAAGUACAGCCAGUCUGCAAUCCAACAAGCCGCAUAUUAUCUCCUAAAGCAGCCCACCAUCCAGGACCAGACUCAAGAUGAUAUAUACUUCGACGUAGACGACAUCUGGCGGAGGCAUGAUGAAAUUCCUUCUAGAAUCACCAUUGCCUUAGAUCCGAUGUCGCCUUCAAGACGGCUGCUCUUUUAUAACGCUUUGGUAUUCAAACGAUAUGAAAUUGUCACUGUUCUCGUGUCCACGCCACAUGUUGAGGUAUUUGACCCAGAUGGUAACCCGAUAAUGGCUCAAGUAUCCCCCGUGGUGGCAGGAGAAAAACGACUUGGUUUUGCGGCAAAUAAGUACCAGUUAUCAUUCCCAGUGACCGUGGACUCUUUAGCGAUCACAGUGUACACGGUGUCUUUGAGAGACAGCAUGGCUAUAAACAAGUACACGGCGCACGCGCGCGUGCGCACGUACAACGCGGACUACUGGGCGGCGGAGCUGCCGCCCUUCGACGUGCAGCAGGCGGCGGCGCGCCUGGCGGACGACGUGACGCUGCAGGCGGGCGGCACGCGCCUGCUGCUGUCCCGCGACGGGCUGCUGCGGGCAGUCGUGGCGCCCGGCGGCCGCGCCGCGCCCGUGCACAUGGACUUCGUGCAAUAUGACACUCAAAAAGGUCAAGACAACAACAGUGGAGCAUAUUUGUUCAUACCCGACGGCCCCGCGACGCCCUUCAAGCCUGACCCAUUUCCAGAAAUUGUAAUCACAGAGGGACCAUUUAAAUCUACCAUAUAUUCUGGACUUAUCGGGCCGAAGGCUGCAGAAAUAUUGCUUUCGAUCACAGUGUACAACAACCCGAUGCUGCCUCACAGUGAGCUAGAGAUCACCAACACGCUGCUCAUCGAUCCUCAGGUGGACGACCUGGAGCUGGCUAUGAGGUUUUCCACGUCCAUCAAGAAUGGGGACGUCUUCUAUACUGACCUCAAUGGCAUGCAGAUGAUAAAGCGGCGCUACUUCGAAAAACUGCCUCUGCAGGCGAACUUCUAUCCGCUGUCAGCGGCCGCCUUUCUUCAGGACGAGAGCACUCGUCUUACUGUGCUCACUUCCACGCCACUGGGUGUUGCCGCCUUGCGACCUGGACAGAUCGAGAUAAUGCAGGACCGGCGCCUGAGCCGCGACGACAACCGCGGCGUGAACCAGGGCGUGCUGGACAACGUGCGCACGCGCCACGCCUUCCGGCUGCUGCUGGAGCGCGCCGCCGGGCCCUGCCCGCCAGACUCGGCGCAGACGCGCGGCGCGCUGUCGCUGGGCGCGCACGUGUCGCAGCAGGCGCUGCUGCAGCCGCUCGUCGCGCUGCACCACAGCGCCGGCGAGCGCGCGCCGCGCCCCGCCUACUCGCGCUCAACGCUCAACGCGCCCGACGUCGUGCUGGCCGCCUUCCACUCGCAAGUGUCGGCUAGGACUAAAGACGGCGUGACGCACCAAGGCAUUGGAAUGACCUUCCAGCGGGUAGAGUUGGACACGUGUUACGGGAACAAGACGAUGGAGAAAUUGUAUCCGCUUAGCGAGGGUCAGAUACCUUUAACGGACCUAAUAGACGUACAGCCAGACCAAGUAUUCGAGAGCUCCCUGACCUUCGUCCAGAUAAGAAACCCCGUGCCUGAGGGAUUGGUCACGCUAUGUCCGAUGGAAAUUCGCUCCGUUUUUAUCAACCAGACAUUAAAACACGCAUGAGUGUCACGUUAUUGCUUGUAAUGAAUGUUGUUUUAUCAUUAUGUCACAUGUUUAUUUUUAAAAUGUUUGCGAGCUUUUUGGCUUUGUGUAUAAUUUGUUAUACCCUAUUAUAUCAAUUUAUACUUCACAAAAUGUCCAAAUUUGUAUUCUUAUAAUAAAUGAAAUCAUUAUUUCUUUAGUUUUAGAAAUUGA